CACACACACAGUACUUCAUCUCUCAACAUUUGUGUUUUUCACAAGAAUCCAGUCUUCUACAAAAUCUCACGAUGCAAACUUCAAGUUAUUAUAGGACGCUUGUUUUCUUGAUAUUUGUCCAACGUUUGGGCUCGCAGUCCCAACAGGUUUCAUCACUCGACACCCUCAAACCAGGAGACAGGCUGAAGCUGAACUUAUCAUCUCAGCUGGUUUCCGCCAAUGGGAUUUUCAGCUUAGGAUUCACUACCAUGGGAGCUCUAGAUACAGCUUAUUUAGGAGUAAGUCAUACAAACAGCAGAUACGUUCCUGUGUGGAUUGGCAACAGAGAGCAGCCUGCUUCCACAAGUCAGGAUCCCUUUCUCUCUGUAGACACCACGGGGAAGCUGUUUAUCACUCACGGUACCAACGGAGGAGAUCCCAUCGAGCUAUAUGCCGGCGAAUCAAGCAAGAAAAAUAAUGUAUCAGUCACUUUGUUGAAUACAGGGAAUCUCGUAGUAAAAGAGAUGAGCUCUUCAAAUGGUGAAGUGAUCUUGUGGCAAAGUUUUGAUCAUCCUACUGAUACUCUUCUUCCAGGGAUGAAACUGGGCGUCAACCACAGGAGUGGAAGAAAUCGGGUACUCACUUCAUGGUUCGGGCCACUUGAUCCCGCUCCUGGAGCUUUUACUCUCGAAUGGGAUCCAGAUGUAGGCAGAUUGUUAGUCAGGCGACGAGGCAUAGUUUAUUGGACGAGCGGAAAGCUGAAGGACUACUACGAUGAGUUGGUCGGUUUGAGACUUAAGGAGUUUGACAAUAUUCUUACCAAGCCGGAUCCUGCAAACUUGAACUACAACUUCAGCGUUGUGAGGAGCGGUGAUGAGGAACACUUCACGUAUUCGCUCAUGAAUGUACCGGAAUUGACGCCUGACAACCGAAACUUUUCAGGAAUAAGGCUGGACUAUCAGGGGUAUUUAUAUGACAGGGACAGGCCUACUAUUGCAAAGGCUGGUUUUUGUUAUGGUUACGAUGAAACUCACGCCAACCCGGGCUGUGAAUUAAGAGAGCAGGCCAAGUGCAGGAAUGACGGUCAGACGUUUGAUUUUACAUCGGGGGAGUUUAGGCAUGUGAAUGGAACACCAACUCCGGCUGUUUAUGACAAUAAUUCAAGCCUCAGUAUGAGUGACUGCCGAGAGAGCUGCUGGAAUGACUGCGAAUGCGUUGGCUAUAAGAGUGGUAAUGUAAGUGGUUGUGUGUAUUGGAGAGGCACACAUUUGGAGUUUGUGCGGACUAAUCCUCCUGAUGAUUCAUACGAUAAUACAUUUGUUCUUGUUUCCACAUCUUCAAGACAAGGUUUAUUUUGA